AUGGACGAGGCGGACAAGCCCUGGUACUUGCGCCCGACCGCGGGUCCGAACGAGAUACAAGUUGAUCCGGAUGGUACAGUCCGGGGUGGGACCAUACCGGCCUUGGUGGAAAGGCUAACGACGCACGAGAAAUCUGACAUCAAAUUCAAUCAGGCUUUCCUGAUGACAUACCGGUCCUUCAUGACGCCGGAUGAGCUCUGCGACCAACUCUUUGCGCGAUUCGCGAUCACGCCGCCGGACGAGCUUAACCCGAAGGAGCUCGAGGAAUGGAACAUGAUCAAGCAGCAUAUCGUCCAGACUCGCGUGCUAAACACGCUUCGGACGAUGGUCCUCGAUGAAGAGCUCGACCCCGAGGGUGAAGAUGCAGAAAUGCUGGAGAGGAUCAAAGCGUUCGCGAACAGCGCUUUUGCGAGCAGUGAGCAGCCGUCGCAGCAAGCUGCCGCGAAGGCGCUGGGGAAUUUGACCGAGCGUGUGCAACACGGAUACUCCCCUGUUCGCAAAGUUGUAUCCACCGAGCAGCCUCCUCAGCCGAUCGUUCCCAGAUCCGUCAACAGGAAGCUGCUGCCUACCGACAUCGAUCCAUUGGAAUUGGCCCGUCAGUUAUCCAUCAUAGAAAGUCAGCUAUUCCAGAAGAUCCGUCCGGCGGAGUGCUUUGCUCGAGCACAGGGGAGGCAUCGUACGGACGACAAUAUUGCAGUGCUGAUCAAAACUUCGAAUCGGAUCGUCAAUUGGUUGGCCGAUUGCGUUCUCGGCAAAGAGAGUCCUGUACAACGCGCAGCGGUCGUGAAGCAUUUCAUCAACGUCGCUGACAAAUGCCGCGAGCUAAACAACUUUUCGAGCAUGUGGGCCAUUGUCUCCGGCCUGAACAGACCUCAUAUCCGCCGAUUAAAGCGUACCUGGGAGCACGUUGAUAAUCGCACAACGCAACGGUUUAGGGCUUGCGAGGCCCUCCUCGACUCCACACUCAACUUCGAGAAUUAUCGCAUGGCCUUGCAUAACGCCAGUCCUCCCGGCGUUCCUUUCUUUGGUGAGUGCCGAUUCAUGUCUGCACUCACCUUCAUUGAAGACGGGAACCAGGACCGUCUCGGUGACGAGAUGAUCAACUUCGUCAAGCGCCAGCGCUCCGCGGACAUCGUCACACGGAUCAAGCUCUGGCAGUCGAAGCCCUACAGCUUCAAGCCUGUGCCAAUCAUACAGACUUAUCUGGAUGAGUCGCUGACGCGCUUUAGCGACGACGAACACUUGCGCGACUACUUUUGGAACCUCAGCCUCCGGCGCGAGCCUCGCGAGAGGGAGGAUGAGCGCAUGAACAGGCUUUUGUAUGAAAGUGGUUUCUUGUAG